CGGCCGGGCGGGAGGGCGGGAGGGCCGUCGGACGUCGACCGGCCAUGGCGGAGCGGGAGUUCGCGUCGCUGGAGCAGUGCUUGGAGCGGCACCUGCCCCCCGGGGAGCUGCGGGAGGCGAAGAGGAUCCUGUUCGGGAAGGAAACGAGACAACUUGAGCUGCCUAGUGGUGCUUUAGAAGCUGCCUCUGAACUGGAUUUUGAACUGCAGGGCUAUGCAUUUCAAGCAGCUGCUGAACAGUUAAGGCAACCACGGAUUGUUCGAGUGGGACUGAUUCAGAAUAAAAUUCCACUUCCCACCGAUUCACCAGUGGCAGAGCAGGUGGCUGCCCUGCACAGACGCAUUGAGGAGAUUGUGGAAGUAGCUGCGAAGUGUGGAGUUAAUGUGGUUUGCUUUCAGGAAGCUUGGACUAUGCCCUUUGCUUUCUGCACAAGAGAGAAGCUUCCUUGGACUGAAUUUGCAGAGUCGGCAGAAGAUGGCCCGACCACCAGGUUCUGCCAGAAGCUGGCAAAGAAACACAACAUGGUGGUGGUAUCGCCAAUCCUGGAACGAGAUGACGUACAAGGAGGGAUUCUAUGGAAUACUGCUGUGGUGAUUUCAAAUUCAGGAGUGGUUCUGGGAAAAACGAGGAAAAAUCAUAUUCCCAGAGUUGGAGAUUUCAAUGAGUCAUCGUAUUACAUGGAGGGAAACCUGGGGCACCCAGUGUUCCAGACCCAGUUUGGAAAAAUCGCUGUGAACAUUUGCUAUGGACGCCAUCACCCCCUCAACUGGUUCAUGUAUAGUAUAAAUGGAGCAGAGAUCAUCUUCAACCCCUCUGCCACGAUUGGAGAGCUCAGUGAGUCACUGUGGCCCAUUGAAGCAAGAAAUGCAGCCAUCGCUAAUCAUUGCUUUACAUGUGCAAUAAAUCGAGUGGGAACCAUCUUUCUGCAUCCACAGGAGGAAUACUUCCCUCACGAAUUCACAUCUGGCGAUGGAGGGAAAGCUCAUCACGAUCUGGGCUACUUCUACGGCUCCAGUUACGUGGCCGCUCCCGACAGCAGUCGGACCCCGGGACUGUCCCGCAACCGCGACGGGCUGCUCGUUGCUGAGCUGGACCUCAACCUUUGCAGGCAGGUUGGUGACAUAUGGAAUUUUAAGAUGACUGGGAGAUAUGAAAUGUACGCAAACGAACUGACCAAGGCCAUUCAACCCAACUUCAAACCCAACAUCAUCAGAGAAUAACUGCAUCUGAGCCAGUGUUCAGCUAGGGACCAAAAAAUGAUAGGUCAUAACAAUUAUAGAGGUCUUUCUUCAUUUUAAUGUUUAUCAAAUAAAAUGUCUAGGCCUAGAUCAGCCUCUUCACUACUACCCUCUGAAAUUUCACUUAUAUUCUGUGAAAUUCUUCUCUACGUUCAACCUCAUGCAGUGUCUAGACCCUAAUCAGCCAAUGUUAAGAGUGCAAACAUACCAAAUUAAAUCAGUGCUAGAUUAAAAGACAAGGCAACCCAAUCCUCCCUAAUCAGGGUAUCUAACUUGUCUGACACUAACUUGGAAUAUGAGAUGAGUCUGUUUUCUACCUCCAGUUUAUUAAAUUUCAAAAACCUGACAUGCCUGCUUCAUUCUUGAAACGACCUGACCCCUGAAUUUUUUGCAAGAUGCCAAACUGGGGGUCCUGAUUGAACUGACCCUACUGCAUUACUGGGCAGAACUCCCCUUCUAGCUUGGAAGCUUGUUGUGGGUAGGGAAUGUGUCUGUUAUAUUGUUGUGUUGUACUCUCCCAGGUGCUUAAUACACAGUAAGCGCUUAAUAAAUACGAUUGAUUGGAUAUACAGAAUUUGACUCCUGAGCCCCCCCAGCCUAUUUGGUGCUCAGGAUGGCCAUUCCAAUGGGGAAGCGUUGAGCAAGUUGAACUAUAAAGGACAGUAUUAAUUCAUUCAGUAGUAUUUAUUGAGCGCUUACUAUGUGCAGAGCACUGUACUGUAGCAUACUCUACCUUUAAGUCUCAUUUAAAGGAGCCAUUUUUUGUAGGUAAGUGUAUAAAAUAGACACUUUCCUUCAUCCAGAGAAAGUUCCACAUAUUUCACUGCCCUGGGUCUGCAAAGCUUUAAGUCUAAUUAAACUGCUCUUUAUUUCUUUGUUUCAUGGGUGGCGAUGUAAAAUUAACCAGACGAAUCAAAAAGGAUUAUAAUUUUAAAGUAUACUUCUUAAUGAUAAAGUGAGAUUUAAAAGACCAAAAAACCAUCAGGUGAUUGUCCGUCACCGGAAUAUAUUUUACCUGCUAAAGCCUUAAAAAAAAUUGAUGUCAUAAUUGUGAUAUUCUGGCUUUAUUUACUGUGAUGGCAAAAAAUAAAGGAUUCAGAAUUUAGAAGUCUAUUUUUCGAAAAAAGGAUCUCUAAGUCUAAGAAAAGGUAAAAUCAAAAGAACAAAUAUAGAUAUAUUCCAAAUAAAUCAGUGUGGCUCUGGGACAAAAAGAAAAAA